GUCUGAGCAGACAAACAAGUCAUCACAGUCUAGGAUGGAACGAAUGGAAGCCACGAAUUCAGGAAAAAAGCCAGAUCUACAAGUUUUGUUAAAGCUUGACACAGUGGAAAAUGAAAUAGUACUUGCUGAGGUUUCACGAUUACUGCCUCAACAAGAUAAAGAAAUUAUCGACUGGAAGAAAUUGGUACGUAUUUGUAAAGAUUGGUUUGAUGAACGAUAUAACGUUUUUUUUGAUGGGAGGGAUGAUACUACCGAUACAGCCAGAUUGAUAAAUGUCAAGCUAGGGAAAGUUCCUGUUUUAGGUAUCCAAGUAAUACGAGAUCGUGUGAUCGUUUCUGCGUUAGACUUAUUUGAAGAUGAUUUUUAUCGGGUUUUUCGAAUAUGUGAGUUGGUUAUACCAUUACGUAUUUCCUCACGCCCGAUAGUUGAAGAAUUUUUAAAGAACGCCCUUAAAAUGAGGUUCGUGGUGGAGAAAAUCAUUGCAAUGUCUGUUGACGUGAAAGACGAAAUUAGUCUUUUGCCGGUAACUGAAGAUCGGGCCCCAUCAACAUCAAUAAUGUCGACAACAUAUUCUUCACCAAAAAAUUCUUAG